AAUGUCAAAAACGCUUUGCUUAUCGAAAAAUUCUGUCAAAUCUCAGCAAUUGAAUGGUGAAAUCGCAAUUCCCUAGCGUUUUGCUUUUAAGGGUUAUUCGGAAAACAGUCACCAAUGCUGCUUUUUGCCGACCAUAGUAGUAUCAGCAGAAAAAAAUGACUUGUCGUCCGAAUAGCAGAUAAAGUCAAGGCUCCCAUUGAAAAUAAGAUGUAAAAUGUCGGAAUUAUGCAAUUAGUAUUGCAUCAGGCUGAAAAGAGGCGUAGGUUCCUAAUUUCUUAUCAGUUGCAAUCGAUAUCGUGCUUAAUGUUCUAUUGUAUCGAAUUAAAGAGAGAUGUAGACCUGACCAGCUAUUUUAUGCAAAAAGCACGGGUGAGUCUAUUACCACUCCCAUAAGUGUCAACAAGACACUAAUCCCAACUGGUAACACCAAGAACAGUAAUUUGAUGUUAUGAAACACAAGUGAAAUAAGAAUAUUGCACGGCAAAAGUUCGGGAAGUCAAAUGGAACUGACCCAACAAGAACAGUAAAAGGACAGUAGACCCUAAAAAUCAUUCAUUAAUUCAUUUUACGUUUGUCCCAACGUUGGCGAAUUUCAGAGCAAAAUUCUAUCUUUUAUGGGUCGACGCAACUUCAUCUCCACCAUGAACAAUCAAAAAACUCAUUCGGAUGGGGAAGAGGAUGCUGUAGUUGAACUCACUCUCAUGCUACCUCUUCCCCCUCCGCACAAGCACGCGCCCGUAAGAUGAAGAAAUCUUCUCAAAUUGUUCCUUUUUUGAGUUGCAUAUUAAGUUGUAUUAUCCAUUUUCUCAGACUAACUGAGUAUAAGUGUACGUAACAUUUUUGUUUUUUCUUCCAUUUUCUUUCAUAUGAAUUUCGUAAAAAUGAGGCUUCAAUUUAUCUUCCUUAGAGAAUGAUAUUGGUAUUUUCUCAUAUAAAGGCAAGAUUUAUCUUCAUUUCUUCACCGUUUCCAGUUCUCUUCACUUCAAGAUUUUGAAAAAGAAUUCGAAAGCUCUCAGUCUUUUCUCUUCACUACUUUUUUCGGUUCUAUGAAAUUUGGACAAAAAGAAUUUCGCCAUCUGAAUUUCGACAAUGUCCAAAUUCUAGUAGAAUUUUGAAACAUGUCGAAAUUCUACUAGAAUUUGGACAACGUUGGCGAAUUUCUACAACUGUCAAAAUUUUUAUGGAAGUACGAUAGAAUCUUUUUCUGCUGGGAAUUUUGUUGUCCAUUUUCCAUUAGAAUUUGGACAGCGUGUGUGACAAUAGAAAUGGACAAUAAAAUGUCCAGCAAAAAAAAUUCUGUCGUAAUUCCAUAAGAAUAUCAACAAUCGUAGAAAUUCGACAAUGUUGUCCAGCCUCUAGUAGAAUUUCGAAACAGGUCGAAAUUCUACAACAAUUUGGACAUUGUCGAAAUUCAGAUGGCGAAAUUCUUUUUGUCGGAAUUCCAUUUUACCCUUUUAUCACUGUAGAGUUUUUUCUGUAAAAAUAUAUAUUAAAAUAUUAAUCAACAUUUAGUUACAUGAAAUUACUUUUUGUAGGUGUUACUAGUUGGAAUUAGUGUCGUAUUAACACUCCUGAGCUUCUUGUUGACACGCCCAGCGAGUGACAAUAGCUUCUUGUUGGCACGCACGGGCGUGUCAAUAGCUGUCAGUUUUCUAACUACGUACGGAAACAAUCGAUGAGACUAACGAACGGAGAGAAACAAUCGAUCAGUGACUCCGUUACAAGAUAAAAUCAAAGUGGUUUUUCUGCAAAAUCCUACAGUCUGUGCUGCGGAAUACCUAAAAUGUGCGAAUAUUAAAAGAUGCUUUUAGCCAACAACAGCCGUCUUCACAAUACUGUAUAACUUUCUCUGUUGGUUUAACAAGUGUCGGCCUGUGUCCACAAGCUGAAACCACACAAGUUCUAACCACACAAGCUCUAACUACACAAGCUCUAACCACACAAACUCUGACCACACAAGCUCUGACCACACAAGCUCUAACCACACAAGCUCUAACUACACAAGCUAAUACAAUAACAACAAUAACGUGGGUAUCAUCGACUGGGGCCAAUGAUUCUACACCAACAGAAGAUCUUACUACAGUACAGUCUGCAGCAAGCUCGACCGAUACAACGAUUUUUUCUUCCACGACCCUGCCGGAUUUAAAAACUUGA